AUGAAUAAUAGAAAGGGUAAAACACAAGACUCUAAUAAACAAAUUAAGUCGAAUAUGAAUAUGGAAAAAUGCGCAACGAUGAAUGAGAUUCAUUCAACCAAUGUAGAAAUAGAAAACUAUGAUAAUAAAAGAAAUGAGAUAAUAAAUUAUAGAACAGAAAAAAAUCUAUGUUCUAAUUUAUCAAAUAUGGCAUUAAAUCCGAAUUAUUAUCAUAAUGUUUCAAAUCCAAUAAGUUCACAUAAUGUAAAUGUAUAUUCAUCAAAUAAUAAUAUUAUGAACUUUAACAAGUAUAUAAACGAUGAUAGUAGUAAUGACAUAACAAAACAAAUUAAUUUGAGUUCUAUAGAAUCGAAUACAAUGAACCUGAAUAAUUUAUACAACUUUAAUAACAUAUGUAAUGAAAUCAAUUCAUAUGGUUUUAAAUCGAAUCCAUUAGAGAAUACGAAAGUACAAAAUAUGAAUUCUUCAUAUUGUAAUCAUAUGAAAUAUUCCGAUUAUUACCAACAUAAACCCUGUAUAGGUAGUAGAACAGGUAUCUUAAAUACUUCAAAUUCUUCAGAAAAUCAGAGAUAUUCAUCAGAUGUUUCCAGAUUACAUAAAAAUGAUUAUACUAAAUUUUCCAUGAACUUUCCUAACGCAUCUAGUUCUGUUAAUAUGGACUCUAAUGUUUAUAAUAGUAACCUAACAGGACCAUGUGCAAUGAAUUCGAAUCCAAUGAAUUAUAAUAAUGGGCAAUGGGGUUCGGAUAUUAUAAAUCUGAUGCAAAAGACCAAUAUGAAUAACUUAAAAAUUAAUGAUCUUAAUUUAAAUGAAAUCAAUAAAAUGAAUUUUCAAGACUCUGGCAUAUCCAUUUGUUCACAUGAAAAAUCGAAAUAUAAAAGACAUAAAAGAGAUUAUUCGACAGUUCCUUAUAAUAUCCUUUCAAAUAAUAUGAAACCUAAUAAUAUUACAUCAAAUAGUGUACAUUCAAACAAUAUUUUAUCUAAUAAUAUGAUACCAAAUAAUUUUGCGUUAAACAACAUGCCUUCAAGCAGUAUGAUACCAAAUAAUAUGGCGUCAAGCAAUAUUCCAUCGAACCAUAUGAUAUCAAACGAUGGAAUAUCAAACAAUAUAAGCUUAAGUAACUUGCUAUUAAAAAGUUUAUCAAACAAAUAUACUUUAAGUAAUAUGGUAUCUAAUGAUAUGUUAAAGAAUAUGCCAAAUAAUAUGUCAAAGAAUGUGUUAAAGAAUAUGCCAAACAAGAUGUUAAAUAAUAUGCCAAACAAGAUGUUAAAUAAUAUGCCAAACAAGAUGUUAAAUAAUAUGCCAAACAAUAUGUUAAAUAAUAUGCGAAAUAAUAUGUCAAAUAAUAUAUCAAAUAAUAUGUCAAAUAAUAUAUCAAAUAAUAUGUCAAAUAAUAUGUCAAAUAAUAUGUCAAAUAAUAUAUCAAACAAUAUUCCAAGCAACAUGUUAAAUAAUUUACCAAAGAACAUUUUAAAUAAUAUGUCUAGUAAUAUGUCAAGUAACAUGUCUAGUAAUAUGUUAAAUAAUAUACCAAAUACUAUGUCCAAUAAGAUACAAAACAUUAUGUCCAAUAACAUACCAGACAUUAUGUCAAAUAAUAUACCAAACAAUAUGUCAAAUAAUAUGUCUAGCAAUUUUAUUUCAAGCAACUUGUCAAAUAGAUUCAUUUCAAAUAAUAUGUCAAGUAAUUUGUUUCUAAAGAGUUUGACUUCUAAUAAAUUUAUUCCAGAUCAUCCAAUUCCUAACAACGCGAAUUCAAAGAAUUUCAUUUCAAGUAACGUCAAUUUGAACAACUUUGUUUCAAACAAUUUUAUAUCAAACCAUAUGGAAUAUAAUAAUAGAAAAAACAAAAAUUCAAUUGCUUCUUCAAAAGAUGAUACAUUAAAUAAUGAAAAUAUGAAUUCUUUAUCAGAAAAAUUAAACCCAUUGAUUUUAUCUUCACCUCAUAAUAUCCAUAACGAAAAACAAGUAUUCGAUAAUAUCCAUUUUUCUGAACAUAUGCAAAAAGAUAAAGAGAAAAUAAAAAAUGAUAAUGUGAUAAAACAUACGCAAGAGGAACAAAUAAAAAAAGCACAAGAAGCGUAUUUAUUAAAUAACUAUUAUUUAAUGUUUCAACAGAAACUAGAAAAUCAACAAUCUUAUGCGAAAAAUAUGCAAACCAAUGACUCUGUAAAAUUUAAUGAAAUAAUUACUAACCAACAAAAUAUAUGCAAUAGUAGCAUUCAAAACUAUAAUAAUAUUAAUGAAGAAAAAAAUAAAAUGUGUUCACAUGAAAACAUAACUCAAAAUAUGGACAUAAGUACAAUAAAGAAUAAUCAUGAUAAACAAAUAAUAGUAAGUAAACGAAGUAGCAAUGUUUUAAGACAAAUGAUUGAUUUUCCAAGUGUAAACGACAAAAUACAAAAUGAAUCCUUUACAAAUAGAAGAAGAAAAACACGAGAAAUUAAUACGCAAGGUGACAUUUGUACUGAGUUGAAUAAAUCUGAAACAAUUAAAGAUAGAUUAAGAUCAAGAGCAGGAAAAAAAGGUUUAGAAGGAGUUGGUGGUGGUAAAACCACAGAAGCUAAUAGCCAAUCUUUAUCGAAAUACGAUUUUAUUUUGAAUAAAAAUACAAUUCCUAAUAAUACAAUUAAUUUAAGAAAUAAAAAGGAGUCAAAACAAAAUGUGCAACAAAUGAAUAAUUCUAAAGAAACAUGUUAUCACAUAAUAGAAGAUAUAGAUAGCAAUGUAAAUGAACAAAUUACAAAGGAAAUAGAUACUAAUGAAAUAAACAGUAGUUUAAAAGAUGAUGAAAAUAUGAUGGAAUUAUUAUGUACACAUGAAAACAAAGAGGAAACGAAUCAAAAUCAAAAUCAAGAGAAAGAGAAAGAGAAAGAGAAAGAGCAAGAAAAUAUUGUGAAUUGUGCUAAUAAAAAGGUAUUUAGUAAAAAUGGAAGAAGUCGAAGAAGAAAAGGAAAUAAUAAAAAUAAAAAUAAAAAUAAAAAACACGAAGAAAGGAAAGAUGAGGAAGGCAAAAAUUUAAAAGACAAGGAUAUGGAACAGACGAAUGUAGAAGAAAAUAAUAUUGAAGAGGAAAAUGUUACAGAAGAAAAUGAGGACAAAAAUUCAGAUGACAAAAACUCAGAUGACAAAAACCCAGAUGACAAAAAUUCAAAUGACAAAAACUCAGAUGACAAAAAUUCAAAUGACAAAAACUCAGAUGACAAAAAUUCAGAUGAUAAAAAUGUUGAGGAACCUAACAGUCAAGAGAGGGUACACAGUAGAAGAUUCAUACAAACACGAUCCAGGUAUAAACGCUCGUACAAUGAAAAACAGAGAAUAAAUAAAAAUGUGCAUAAUAAGCAAUUAAACAAAAUAUCACAAAGAAAUAAUCGUAAGAGAAACAUGAAAAAUAUGGACGAACAAAAAAAAAGUUCAACAGAUAUUUGUGACAAUUCAAGAGAAAAGGAAAAUGAUAAGAAUGAAGAAAAUGUAGAAUUAGAUAAUAUAAAAGAGUUAAAUGAAAUAAUAAAUAAAAAAAAUAUAGAAAAUGAUGAAAAUAAACCAUUUAAGGAAAAUAACAUAGAACAAAUUAAAUUAGAUAAUUCUGAUGAAAGUAUAAAAUCAGAUAAGCAAAAAAACAAAGGAAAGGUUAAUGCUAUAACAAAUGAAAGAAACAGAAGAAAAAGGAAAAAAACAAAAUGCACAGAUGAGAAAAAUGAUAGGGGUAAAGAUAAUACACAUGAACACAUGGCAGAAAAAAAAAUGAAAGUUCAAGAAGAGUCCAAAGAGGUGGAAAUGGACACCAAUAAUAACAAGCAUAAUUAUGAUGAUAAUAAUAAUAAUAAUAAUGAUGAUGAGAAUAAGAAUAAUACAGAUUUUAAAGAUUGUGAAGAUAAUAUUAAAGAAAACAAUAUAAUACUUUUAAACGGUAACGCAGAAAAUAUUAAUAACGAUAAAAAUAAAUUAGUAAGUGAAACAGUUGAAUGUACAAAUAAUUUAAAUGACAAGAAGAAAACAGGAGAACAAAUUGAAUACACAAAUAAUGAAAAAAUGCUAUAUUCUGUAAACGUUAUAAAUGAUGAUUAUAAUAUGAAAAAUAUGGUAGAAUAUGUGUCCCAUAAUGAUGUUGCAUUAAAAAAAGAAUUGAAUUAUUUAAAUAUAGAAAAUAAAAUACAUGAAAAAGAAUAUAUAUUAGAUAAUAAGAAAACCUUACGUGUUGCUAAAACCAAAAAUAAAGAUAUGUAUCAUAAUAUUGCAAAAUCAGGUAUUGAUGAAAAUAUUCUUAAUAGUAAUUUUUUUGAUAAUUUUGAUAAUAAAAAUAGUGUGAAAGAUUUUCCAAGAGAAUUAUAUUCUUCAACAGAUGGAACUAUGGAUAUCAUAAUUAAUAAGAAAAAGAAAAUAUGGUCAAAUAUAGGUUGUAUUAAUUAUAUGGAUAAUUUUGUUGGUAAAGGAUCUUUUGGAAGUGUUAGAAAAGUUUUAUAUAAUGUAGAUUUAAAUAAUGAGUAUUUAAAAUUUUAUAUGGAUAAAAUAAAUGAUGUAAAUUUUCUUAAAGUGUUAACACACACAUGUCAUAUGAAAAAGGGUUUAAGAUAUCUUAUAGACAAAUAUGAUGUAGCUUCUGAUUCAGAUUAUUCUAGUUAUUGGAAUGAUUAUUAUUUAGAAUUAAAGGGCCAAACGGAUGAUGAAAAAUAUGAAGAAAUAACAAAAGAAACAAAAAAUUUACAAAAUGUGCAAAAUGUGCAAAAUUUACAAAAUGUACAAAAUGUGCAAAAUGAGAAAAACAAAGAAAUUGAAAAAUCAAGAAAUAAUUAUAUGACCAAACCCAAUAAAAAGGAAUUAGCUAUUUUAGAAUCCGAUUUGAUGUUAAAUAACAAGUUAGAUAAUUGUGUAUGUUGUCAGAAGAAAAGAUAUUUUGAAUUGGCAGUAAAAGAAAUAGAUAUAAGUAGAAAAGGUAAUGAGUUUCAAUUUUUAAGAGAACAAGAAUUAUUAUGUCAUUUUAAUUGCAAUGUUAUGAAACCAUUAAGUACAAAAAUUGGACAUUUAAAAGAUAAACAGAAUUACGAAAUAUUAAUGCAUUGUGCUACUGGAGAUUUAAGAAAAUUAUUACAAAAUUUAAUAUAUCAUAGAAAAAAAGAAUAUGAAAAAAAAAAAAAGAUAAAUAAAAUAUUAAAAUUAAUUCAUAUUUUGUUUGGAAGAAAAUAUAAUUGUUUUGAUAGUUUACAAAACUUUCAAUGUAUAGGUUUAUGUUAUAAAAAGUUAAAAAAUAUAAAAAUGAAAUUAAAUAAUAGUACUAUUGAAAUAAAAGAUCCAGAAAUUGAUUAUAUAUAUGAAAAUAUUAAAGAAUAUAAUUGUGGUUUAACCGAAUCAGAAUGUAAGUUUUUAUUUUUUCAAAUAGCAAGUGGUAUAAGUUUUAUUCAAACAUGUUAUCAAUCUAAUAUCGUACGUUUAACUGAUAUAAAAUUACAGAAUAUUUUGGUAUUUACAGAUUCAUAUAAUAUAUAUAAUCCAUUAAAAUGGCAUUUAUGUAUAUCUGAUUUUGGUUGUUCAGCUAUGGAAUAUGCUACAUAUUAUUUGGAAAAUUCAAAAAAUUUUAUGAGUGUAUAUAAAACUUUAUUAAAUCAAUGGAAAUAUGAAUUUAAAAAUCAGUUAUCAUCAUAUUUCCAAGGUACUGUUUAUACUAUGGCACCUGAAGGUUUGUGUUAUGAUCAUAAUGGUAAUUAUAGGCAAUCCAAAUAUAAUAAAUUGAUUUAUUUUUAUGAACAACAUUUUGGUAAUAUUGAAAAAAGAUUUGAAGAAUUACAAAAACCAGCAAUUUCUGUUAAACCUUCCAUGGAUAAUUUGAAAAUAUUAAAUAUCAAUUGUAAUAUAAAUUUUAAUUUCUUAAAUGAUUAUAAUAAAAAAUAUAAUAAUGAAGACGAUGAAAAAAAUGUACCAAAAAACACUCUUAGUUGUAAAAAGAUCAAUAUGGAUAACGAAACUAAUGGAACAAAUUGUAAAAAUUGUAAAAUUUGUAAAAAUUGUAAAAUUUAUAAAAAUAAAAAUGAUAUGAGUGAAAAUUUUAAUAUCCCAGAUGAAUCUAGUAGUAUGAACAGUAGCAAUACUAGUAAUUAUAGCAAUAGUAAUAACCCAUCUGCAUGCACUGAAUACGCACCCUUUGAUGUCAGAUGUGAUAGUUGGUCAUUAGGUAUAAUUCUAGCAGAUCUAGCAAAAUGUGGUGUAAAUUCAUAUGAAUAUAUGAUUAUGGAUAACUACAAUGAAGAGGAUAAUUUAUUUAAUGAAGACGUUGAGACCAUUAAUAAUAUUAUCUUAAAUGAUUUAGAUGUUUUAAAUGAUGACGAAAUGUUCUAUAUAAAAUAUAUUAUGAAUUAUUAUGACAUUGUAAGUUUAAAGUGGGGUGAUGACAUAAUACAAAAUGAACUUAUCAAAAAUAAUGUGCAUACAUAUACAAACAUUGAUACUAAAGAAAGUAAAAAUAAAAAUAAUAAUAGUGAAAUUAAUAAGGAUAAUGCAUAUAAUAUGGAUGAAAAGCAUAAACAAAAUCAUACACAUAAUAAUAAUAAUAAUAAUAAUAUUUUUACUAUCGCAGAUGAAACAAAUAAAGAGAAUAAAAAAACUCAUGAAAAGAGUUGUAAUAAAAAUACAAGAAAUAAUACCGAUAUGUGCUCUAAUACUGUCGGUAUAGCAUCCAAAAAAAACGAGGUAUACCUUAAUACAUUGAAAAAAGAUGAUUUAAAAAUUUUUUUGGAAAAUUCAGAAUCAUUUACUCAACAUUAUAAAUCAUUAAUAUUAAAAUACAAACAAUAUAUAAAGAAUGACAAAUUCAUUAAAAUGAAAAACGAAUAUGUAUAUUAUUAUAAAAUUUAUAGAAGAUUUUUAAACGAGGAAAACAUGAGAAGAUGUAUUUUAUUACCACUUUUAUUAAUGAAUAAUAAUAUAGCAUAUAAAAGAUGUAAUGAAAUUCACUCUUUUGCAAGAGUGGAAUUAACCAUAAAGAACAUUGGUUCAGGUAUAUUUAAAUUUAGAAAUAAAAAAGAAAAAGAAAAUUAUAUAAAAGAAUUAAAAAAGAAUGUUCAGAAUGAUGAUAUGAAUCAAAAUAAAGAUUAUUGGUAUAGUAGACUAACAAAUAAAUAUUUAGCUUCUAUAUUAAAAGAUAUAUGUCAUGAUGAUUUUUAUAAUAGAUUGAAAAAAAUAAAAAAAUGUUUUAAUAAAUAUGAAUUACCAUUAAAUUAUAGUGAUGAAUAUUGGGAUCUAUUAACUAAUCUAUUGAACUAUGUACCAUCCGAAAGAUUAUUAGCUUGUGAAAUUCUUGGACAUGAUUUUUUUUCUGAACAUAAUGAAAAAAUUCAUAAUAUUAUUAAAGAAAAUAAUCAUGAAACAUAUGUUAAAUUAUUUGAAGAUGAAAACUUUUGUAGUACUUUGUUAAAAAAUUACAAACAAGAAAAGAAAGAAAAAAAUUAUAUAAGUAGACCUUUCUUCAAAGAUUUGAGAAAGAAGUUGGAUGAUGUAAAUAAAAAAGAUAAUAAAAAAAAUAUUCAACCAGAUUUUAAAUUAAAACUGCAAAAAUGUUCUAUACCAUUGGAAAUGAUUACAAACAAAAUGAACUUACACAAGCAAAAUUCAAAAGAAAAUUGUCAUAAUAUUGAUAACACUUAUGCUAUCGAUACUACAAAUGACAGUAAUAGUAAUAGUAAUAAUAAUAAUAAUAAUAAUAAUAAUUGUAGUAGUAGUAAUAAUAUUUUAAAACAUAAAAAAAGUGAUGUUUUUAAUAAAAAAAUAGUUAACCAAAUAAAUAAUAAUAAAACUAUUAAAUAUAUAAUUUUAAUGUAUGAAAAUAUUAUUAAGAAUAUGAAAAAGAAAUGUGGCAUGUGUAAUGACAUAAACAAUUGUUUAAAUUAUAAACAAAUAAUAAAUAAAAUUAAUAAUUUAGAAAAUUUAAUAUUAAAUUUACAACUAAGUAAAAAAAAUAUUAUAUGUGAUCAGAAAAAGAAAAUUAAAUUACCAAUGUUAUAUUUAAGUAAUAUAUGUAAUAAUAUAUAUUACUUUUUAAAUAAUUGUUCUAUUUUUGAAGAAUUUAAAAAUUUAGAUAUAUUUAUGAAUAUACAUUUACCAUUUGAACAUUUAUCUUUACCAUUAUGUGAUGAAAAAACAUUUCGAAAUAAAAAUUUUGCUAAUUUUUAUUUUAAACCAAUAUAUUAUUAUUCAUUACCAUAUAAAAUUUUACAUGCUUGGUAUACUGGACCUCUACAUAUUUAUUUUAAUCAUCCAUAUGUACCUGAUUAUAUCAAGCUUAUUUGUUUAAGAGAAAAAAAUAUUUUAAGAAGAAAAGAAAUUAUCUUUUGGUAUGAUGAAGAUAUUGUCUUAAAUAAUAUUCUUAAAAUUAAAGAUAUUCUUAAAUGUUCAAAUGACUUUUUAUGUACUCCGUAUGUUUCUCAUUUAAUAGGUAAACAACUUAUAUUACGAAAAAUUUUUAUUACCAAAUUAUUUAAUGACAAAAUGAAAAUUUACCUUAAUAAUUAA